AUGGAUAUUUCACGCCUAGCAGGGGAGGCCCUCUUAUUAAACAGGCCUUUGGCUUCCCUCCUCCUGUCGGAGCGUGUGUGCCCGAUCGGCGUUGUUCAGCACCUGGCCGGCGAAAGCGAUGACGUACGAGUGAUGGGAGAACAGAAACCAUACGAAAUUGCCCACGACACGUCCCGAGCGGAUGUCAUGGCUGCAGCCUUGACGCGAGCGACGCGAGGCGUCCGUCACCGUCAUGCCAUCCAGGUGGAGACGGAGCGAGGAGGAGGUGCCGAUGCUGGUCUACACCAGCAACGUAGCGAAUUGAGUUGGGCUGGUCAGCGCCCCACCUACCCGCCACCAGAUUUUCUGGUUCUAUGGUAG